AUGGAAAUUGAGGUAGAAAGUGAAAUUCUUCUCUCAACAUUGAACGAACUGCUUCCUAAAUAUGGAUUGGCGUUACCCAUUCAGCCUUCUACUAGUUCCAUUACAGUGGCUGGAACUAUUUCAACAGCUAGUCAUGGAUCAGGAUAUCAAUAUGGAACAAUGUCAUCGUAUGUUCGAUCGAUUCGAUUAAUGCAAUUGAAUGGAGAAGAGAAAGAAUAUACAGAAGAACAAGAUCAAGAAUUAUUUCGAUGUUUAACAUGUAGUUUGGGCUCAUUUGGAGUGAUCACUAGAGUUCGACUUCAAUUAGCUCCUCGAUUCGAUUUGGAACUAAAUCGUUAUUAUUUGACGUUCAAUUCAUUUCUGGAAAGAUUCAAAACUCAUUAUUCAUCUUCUGAUUAUUUCUAUUACUUGUGGUAUCCACAUACAAAUGGUGGCCUUGCUAAUCAUUUAACACGAGUACUACCACGCAAUGUUCCUUUGAAAAAUUCAAUAUUCUCGAGAUUUGUUUCUUGGGUUCGCGGGUCUUUGAUUGAACAUUAUCUAUUGGAGUUUUUAUUUUAUGUCUCAUUAUUGAUUCCUCGACUGGUCAUUCAUAUUAAUCGUCUAUAUUUAGAAUUGUAUCGUCGUCCUUAUCAUGAAAUAGCUCGAUGUGAUCGAUUGUUAAAUUUUGAUACUCCAAUUAUUCAAUAUGCAAUGGAAUGGGCAAUACCAUUAGAUGAAGCAGUAACCUGUCUUGCAGAGCUUCAUCAAUGGAUCGAAGAGCAUUCCACUCGAACACGUGUUCAUUAUCCAAUCGAAAUUCGUUUUAGUUGUUCAGAGAACUGUUCGUAUCUAUCGCCAUGUUUCGAACGAGCAACAUGUUGGAUCAGUAUAGGUAGCCUUCGACCCUAUGGAAUUUAUCAUUCUCAACGUCGACUAAUUUUUCAAGAAUUUCAAAAAAUUUGCCAACGACAUGAAGGAAGACCACACUGGGCUAAGGAACAUUCACUCACUGUUCACAAUUUUCGACAAUUAUAUCCACAAUGGAAUUUGUUUCAUGAAAAACGUAAACAAUUCGAUCCUAAUGAUCUUUUUAUUAACGAUUAUCUGCAAAAAAUAUUUGGCUCGACGUAA